AUCCAUCACUUCAAUUGAUCCCAAGAAAUGUCACAACAGAUGAAACACAUAAAGACAUCACUCGAGACCACAGAUGACGGCAAAGGAGAGGACAUUCAACAGGGACAAAUGUAUGCGAAGAACUCAAUGGACAGAUUCGGUGAUGAUUUGUGUCAACUAUUGAUGUCUUAUCUCUCACUCGAAGAUCGGUUUCAGUUGGAAUGUGUGUCCAAACAGUUCCAGAGGACUGUCUUCGGAAGUGUUGUUCAAAUAACAUUUAACGACAAUCUGUGCAAACGACUCAAAAUUGGGCGAAUAUUUUUCGAGAAGUUAUCCGAAAUUGCCAUAAAAUGUUCAAACAUUGAGACCAUUAAGUGUCGAGAAAUACAAUCACCGCAAGUGUUGAACAUAUUUCGAGACAAUUGCCGACAUUUGCGGGAAAUUUCCUGCAAUUUGGAAACAGUAAACGACUGCUGGAGCCGUGAGUUCGGGCCUCUCGUCACACGAGUCGACUAUUUUACAAACAAAGAGUCACUCAUUCAUUGCCACCGAUUGUCACGAUUAAAGGCCAAUCAUUUGGAUGAUGUCUUCGACACCACUUCCGGACAAUUAUUAGUUAAAAAUUUAAAGCAUUUUAAGUUCAGUUUCGGCGAACCCGAAGGCAGAGAUCUAUUGAAGCGAUUUAUAGCUGCAAAUAAGUCAAUCAAUAUUAUAGAAAUCUUAACAUACAAUCAGCAGGACUUCGGGAUUCUAUCGGGAUUUCCCGAAUUACGGGAAUUGUCACUCCUAUCAGUUCAUUACGACAACUCAAUUGUCGACUCUUUGCGUACAAUUGGCGUGAAUUGCAAACAAUUGAAGCGCUUAUCGUUGCGUGCCUCACAAUUGGGUGCAUUUCAAUACCAUCGAAAGGGAUGA